UGAAACGAGUAGCUUGAUCGAGCUCAACUAACUCAACACGACUUAUUGAACUCGCUAGCUAAUUUCUCUCUAUUUAAUUUCUCCAAAUAUUACAGGUGAAAAAUGGAUUAUAUAAAAGCUCCUUUCAAUGGUAUACGAAGCGAUGUAAGAGGAAGACUUGCAUGUUACAAGCAGGAUUGGGUGAAUGGUUUCAAACAUGGAAUUGGGAUACUUGGCCCCGCUGCCUCUAUCUUUUUUGCUUCGGCUCUUCCUGCUAUAGCCUUUGGGGAGCUGUUGAACAAGAAAACAGGGAGAAAAAACCUAAGUUCAGUGCAAACUUUAACUUCAGCAGCAAUUUGUGGGCUGAUACAGACAAUAUUUGGUGGACAACCACUUUUAAUACAAGGAGUUGCAGAACCAACUGUUCUUAUGUAUACUUUCUUGUAUAAUUAUGCUAAAAAAAGGGAUGAUCUUAACCCUUUAUUCUUGGCUUGGACAGCAUGGGUUUGUGUAUGGACAUCUCUUUUGUUGCUACUCAUGUCAAUAUUUAAUUUGUGCGCUAUCAUUGAUCGAAUCACAAGGAUAGCCGAAGAACUUAUCGAGAUGUUGAUUUCUGUUCUCUUCAUCCAAGAGGCUAUCAGGGGGAUUAUAAGCGAGUUUCAAGUUCCCAAGGGAAAGGACGACGAGUCAAACAAGGCAUAUAAUUUCGAGUGGCUGUACGCAAACGGAUUGCUAGCAAUCUUAUUCUCUCUAGGUUUUAUUUACACUGCCUUUAAAACUAGAAAAGCAAGGUCAUGGUUGUAUGGAACAGGUUUUAUAAGAAAUUUCAUAAAAAAUUUUGGGGUUCCUAUGAUGAUAUUAGUAUGGGCUGGGUUAUCAUAUGCUGUACCUAGCAAAGUUCCCUCUGGAAUUCCUAGAAGAUUAUUUAGUCCUCACCCUUGGGAUUCUUGGGAUACUUGGACUAUUGCCAGUGAGAUGGGGGAUGUGCCCACAAAAUACAUCUUUGGGGCAUUCAUACCAGGAUCAAUGGUAGCAAUUCUUUUCUUUUUCGAGCACAACGUCGCUUCGAAAAUGGCACAACAAAAGGAAUUCAAUCUUAAACACCCUUCUGCCUACCAUUAUGACCUCUUUCUACUUGGCUUGAUGACUUUGGUUUGUGGGUUGCUUGGACUUCCUCCUUCCUAUGCUCUUCUUCCUCAUUCUCCUAAGCACAUCAAGAGCCUCGCCGUCCUCAAAAGACAGUUUAUUCGAAGAAAGAUGAUCGAAAGUGCCAAAGAAAGCAUACAUAAAAAUGCAAGUAACUCUGAAAUUUAUGGCAAUAUGCAAGCUAUUUUCCUAGAAAUGGAGAGGAACAAAUCGAUAGAUAAAGUGGUUAAAGAGCUAGAAAACUUAAAAGAAGUAGUGAUGAAGGGAGAAAGUGAUGGGAAAACAACAUUUGAUCCUGAUAAGCACAUUGAGAACCACAUACCGGUACGAGUUAAUGAACAAAGAUUGAGCAAUCUAUUGCAAUCUCUUCUCCUUGGAGCUGCAGUUUUCGCGAUGCCUGCUCUCAAGCGAUUGCCAUCUUCGCUUCUUUGGGGGUACAUCGCGUACGUCGCUAUUGAUAGUCUCCCUGGAAACCAGUUCUGGGAUAGAAUCCGACUUAUCUUUGUUAAUAAAAGCAGAUUACACAGGAUUUUGGCUAGGAAUCAUGCUUCGUACGUGGAAACAGUGCCAUUUAGAUGGAUUUUGGCUUUUACACUGUUCCAAUUGACAUACUUGCUCAUUUGUUACGGCAUGACUUGGAUACCUUUAAUUGGAAUAAUCUUCCCCUUGCCUUUCGUUCUUCUUAUAAUCAUAAGGCAGCUUUUGUUACCCAAAAUUUUUGGGUCACACUACUUGCACGAACUCGAUUCUCAUGAGUAUGAAGAAAUCCUAGGCACUUCAAGGCGUAUACCCCUCUCUUUCAAGGAAGAUGUUAAUACCAAUGAAGCCAACAAUGGAAAUGAAGAAGAAGAAGAAGCAGAAGAUGAAAUUUCAGAUUCUGAAUUGUUAGAUGAGUUAACAACUCAUAGAGGGGAGAUAAAGAUUAGAAGUGUAAGCCUUCGGCGCUUUCGUAGCGAAAGAAGGGCUCCCAUUGCAAGUACAGAGAUGGACCCUAGAGCUGCAAGCUUGAGACAUGACUUCAAGAUCUUUCCAGAAAAUAUUGUAUAAAAAGCUAAGGAGUGCAAGACAAUGGAGAUACCCUUGGGCCUUGGCAAUGGAGUCAUAACCAAAGUUACAAUAAAUGUUAAACUUAGUUAACUCAUCAGUUGAAGUUGUCGAGAGGAAAAUGCAACGGUGACUCAGUUGAAGUUGUCAAGAGGAAAAUGCAACGGUGUUGCAACGGUGUUUUAAAGUAACAAUACACUCACCGAGUCACCGUCUCAUUUUGCUUGCUCUAUAGUCAGAAUUUCCAUUUUAUUGUCAUAGUUACUUGUAUUAUUUAUUUAGGAAAAUUUUUAUCUUCGUACGUAUUACUUUUUUCUCUUGAGUUGGGGCCCACUUUACCCCACUCAUUUUUCUUCUGUAUUUUUUUUUUUUUUUUUUUACUUUCAUAAAAUCUUAUACGGAGUACAAAUGACCAUGUAACAAGUAAAUUGAGAUGAAAGAAGUUGUAUAUAUGACUAAACAAAGUAUAUAUACAUACAAUUGGUGGUGAUGAUCUUUUCUUUUAUCACUUUAUGUAUAGGCUUGAUUGUAAUAAUUCCAAUAAAGAAACCCUACAAAGGGGCAGGUUUUUUCUUUCAAAUUCCUCACACGCCACACGGGAUUAGAAUUAAUUAAAAGGUGUUACCUUAGUUCAAAUUUAGUUUUGCAAUGGUUAGAAUCUAACUAUUGACAUGCCAAUGUUAGGCAAAAGAAUUAUACUAAUAUUAUCUGGCUCCUUUUUUUUUAUUAGGCAGUUAGGCUUAAUAAAAGCGUGAUUACUCUUUUUAUAUAUAUGAUUCAUUUUUAUGAUUUGGCUGAGUAGAUAAACACGAGUCAACAAAUACUGAAAGAUUGCUUA